AUGCCUCGUAAGGAUAGUGAGAGUAGUUCAUCGAGUCCUGAAUCUCGUGAACGCGAGGAUGAGAGUCUGUCCAGUGACGUGGUGGUCAACAAGUAUCAGAUGGCCGCUCAAAUGGUCAACGAAAUCCUCAAGAAGCUGAUCUUAGAAGUAAAAGAAGGAGUGGAGGUUGGCAGUUUGUGCACAUUAGGCGACAAUCUCAUUCUUGAGAAAACCUCAAAAGUUUUUGUCAAAGAGAAAGACGUAUCGAAGGGUAUUGCUAUGCCUACUUGUAUUUCUGUCGAUAAUUGUAUUUGUCACUUUUCACCUCUACGCUCUGAUCCUCCAGUUUUGUUGAAGAAGGAUCAGAUGGUUAAG